CCCGCCUCCCUCUUCCAGCUGAAAAAAAAGGCCUAGUGUUACAGCUUUGACUGCGAAGGACACAAUGUGACUGCUAACUGUUUCGCUGCGCUGUGUGAGCCAAAGCAAGAGAAUCUGCUGCCGCGCGUUAACUGGACUUUGUACUUGUUUGGAGCAGGGAAGAAUAGAAUGGAUUCUGGUGAAACACUGAAGGAAAUGGAAACUGCUGAUGGAAGUCUAUUAAUAAGAUCUAAUGCCAUUUCCACAGAAAUGAUGGCAGAAGUUGACCAGCAACCCCUCAAUCUGACAGUGAGCAAUUCCUUUGGUGGCAAGAAGGUCUCAAAAGAAAAAGGCUGCCAGGCUGUGCCUAUCAAAGUGGAAAGAAUGGAUGAAGAAGCCGAAUCAAGCACUACAAAUGAUGUACAAGACUUUGAUAUAUACAGUGCCAUGGAAUGGAAUAAUGGAGUGGGUUCCUUGCCUGGCAGUGACUUUAAGUUUCAAAUGAAUGAAUUUGGAGCUCUGGAGAUCAUCAGCACUGAAGAACAAGAUGCUGAAACCAGUGCACAGAUUGCUGCUCAAUCUACAAUUGGAAUGAGGAAUGCAUACAGUGUUACUUCUAAUGCACAAGACGUCAUUACUGAAGAUGGUUGCACAAAUGAUUUGCCGAACACACAAGGCAUCUGCUGCUGUGAAAACUGUGGAGGAUAUGGGACAGUGAACAAGUUCAAUAAGAGUGACCAUUUCUGCGGCACACAUUAUCAACAGUUAUAUGAAAACGAACUAUCCAUUAUGGACCAUGUUCCGGUGAAACAAAACACCAGUGUAAUAUUGAAACGAACGAAAAAAAGGAAGAAAAAAGUGAACGUGAACCCAAAAGAAGAAUCUGAAGAGGAUUUUGAAGAUGACUACAUGGAGGAAGUGCAAGGUGAUGGGAAAAUGAAGAUUCAAAUGCCUGCAGUGUUGACAGACCGCAGUAGCUUCAAAAACAGUGGACUUUCUGACCCAGAUUCCAGGCUUUCUACACAGGCUAAGCCAUCCUCUGGAAAGAAAAAUGCCUGGUCAUGGGUAAAGUAUCUCGGAGAAGAAAAGGCAUUAGCUGCACCGCCAAAACUGUUUAAUAAGUUUCAAUUAGUUCCACAGAAUAAAAAUGGAUUUAAAGUAGGCAUGAAAUUGGAAGGUAUUGACCCUCGACACCCAUCCAUGUUCUGUGUGUUGUCAGUAGCAGAGGUAUGUGGUGUUCGCCUAAGGCUUCAUUUUGAUGGAUAUUCUGAAUGUUUUGAUUUCUGGAUUAACAAUGACUCACCUGAUGUCCAGCCCGUUGGAUGGUGUGAAAAGACCAAUCACAAAUUGCAUCCUCCUAAAGGUUACAAGGAAGAAGCGUUUAACUGGGCAAGCUAUUUAAAAGUCUGUAAGGCCCAAUCAGCCCCAAAGAAUCUAUUUAAAAUUCAGAAUACAACGAUUGCCCCUUCAGGAUUUCGAAUAGGAAUGAAAUUGGAGGCUGUUGACAGGAAGAAUCCCUCUCUGAUAUGUGUUGCCUCAGUGACAGAUAUAAUAGACAAUCGCUUUUUGGUGCAUUUUGAUAACUGGGAUGACACAUAUGAUUAUUGGUGUGAUGCUAGUAGCCCGUACAUCCACCCUGUGGGCUGGUGUCAGGAACAAGGCAAACCACUUACUCCUCCUCAAGGCUAUCACGAUCCAGCCAACUUUUCUUGGAGGAAAUACUUGGAGGAAUUGGGUGCUACCUCAGCUCCAGCCCGUGCUUUCAAAAUAAGACCACCACAUGGAUUCCAAGUGAAUAUGAAAUUUGAAGCUGUGGAUAAACGUAAUCCACUGUUGAUUCGUGUUGCUACAGUUGCAGAUACCGAUGAUCAAAGGAUCAAGAUUCAUUUUGAUGGAUGGAACCAUAAUUAUGAUUACUGGCUCGAUGCAGAUCACCCCGAUGUUCACCCUGCUGGAUGGUGUGCCAAGACAAAUCAUUCAUUGCAGCCACCACCGAAUUCACAGGGUUUUGUUGCAUCUCCGACUCCGGGUGGAUGUCCAACACCUGGAUGCAUAGGCAUUGGACAUAUCAAAGGUGCCCGAUACACAGGUCAUCAUAGUGCUUUUGGAUGUCCCUAUUCAGAGCUCAACGUGAAGAAAGAAUCAAUAAUACAUGACAGAUUAGGAGGAGAGAAACAGAUGACAUUGGUGCCAAUUCCUUUUGUUCCAAGAACAAAACGUCUUGAUAGUAAUGGUUCAAAUGGGAAGUUGGAGGGGAGUGUUAAUGAUACAAGAAAAUGUCCCACUCCUGACUGCAAUGGAUCUGGUCACAUAACUGGAAAAUACACUACACACCACCGACUCUCGGGUUGCCCCCUUGCUGAGCAAAACCAGCUCAAGGUCAAAAUAGACCCACAAGACGAUGAGAUGUCCACUGAGAAUAAAUCAGUAUUACCAUUUGUCCAUCGCAAAAGGACAAAACACCAGAACAGGCUAACUCGACCAGCAAAAUAUUUGAAAAUCAAAGAGAAUCCAGAUGAUAUUGACCUACACAGUCUAUUCAAAGAUCUUUCCUUUGACAGUAUGCAGCAAGCUCUCCACCAAUCUGUUUUCAUGUCAACCAUGUCUGCUCAUCCAAUUCGUGAUCUCCCACUUUGCUGGGAGCAGCAUUGCAAACUGCUGCCCAGUGUGGUGAACUUUCAAGCUAGCAAGGUGUCCAAGUGGAGUAUUAAUGAGGUCGCAGACUUUGUGCAGACGCUCCCUGGUUGUGAAGAACAAGUAAAGAUCUUUAAAGAAGAGCAGAUUGAUGGAGAAGCAUUCCUUUUGCUGACACAGAUGGAUAUAAUUAAGAUAAUGUGCAUCAAAUUAGGCCCAGCCCUGAAGAUUUACAACUCAAUUUUAAUGUUCAAGAAUUCUGAAGAUGAUUUGGAAUAGACAUUGAGGAUUGGAAAAGGCAGCUGCUAAAUGCUGAUCUUCUUUCUGACGAUUAUUAAAAAAUAAUCUCUAUUUAUGGAUGGCACACAAAACUGUAGAUCAAUUUAUCAGCAAGGCUAACAGGGUAUACAAAGAUAAUUGAUUUAAAGAAACAUUAGUUAUAAAUGCUUGUUAAGAAAAAUGUUAAGAAAAUAUGGUGAAGUCAUUAAAUUGUGUAGUUGGAGAUGAUGCAUUUGGAAGUUGUAUUUGUACAGUGAACAUGUGAAACAUUUUUCAUGCAAUUGUGAUCAAAUUAUAGUUUACAACAUAAAAAUAACAGAGUUGGGCAACAGUAUUUGACCGCCUGUGAGAUAAUAUGUUUUAAAUAUAACAUGAAUCUACGCACUUUAAAAGUGUUGAGUAAAUGGAUGUUACCCAAAACUUGGAGUAUUGCAGAAAAUGAUCUGUAAACAAGAGCACAAUUAAUCACAUUGAAAUAAACUAAAACUACAUGUAAAAUUCUCAAUUGUAUUUGAAAACAUAUCUUUUAACGAUCAUCUGAUGUUUAGAUGGUGAAAUAUCUUGGAAAUGUAUUUAAUUCUUUAUUUCACCAGUUGUAACUUUAAAGCCCCUGUCCCACUGUACGAGGUAAUUCAAGAGUUCUCCUGAGU